AUGCCACCAGCUUAUGACGAAGACGCAGAUUUUGAUUAUCAAGAUGAAGUCCCUGAGUUUCCAGAUGAGGCCGCGCUCGAUGAUUAUAUGAAUGAUGAAGAGUACAAUUUGAUGAGUGAGGUCUUUCCGCGUGCCAAACAAGAAUUGGUCGAUUAUCAGGGCUGGGACGACUUGAAAGUUAAAUUGGCAAUCUUCGAUCAUGAUUUUGACCUGAACGAAGCCAUGGUAAAGCUCAAACGAAGUUUAAAGAAGAAAAAAACAGAAGAGGCCCUACCAAAGGUAUCUGCUUUAGAGCAACUGGCAAGAAAAAGAGCUUCAGAUGCCAAAAAGGCAUCAAAUAUUACCCCAGAUGCCCCAGCUGCCCCUAGCAGAUUAAACAUGCUGAGCUCUCUGCGACGCAAAGAUGAUUCCAGGCUACCAAAACCGUCUCUCGCGUCCCGCCUGGCAUCUUUACAGUCGAGAAAGAUAACGGACUCAGCUCAGCAAGCUAGCAAAACAGAAAAUUCAAGUUCUCGUAUUUUGUCUUCAAGUGUUCGUACUCAGCCCGAAUCAGCAGAAAUUGUUCAAGCUUCCCAAAAUUCGUUGAUGUCCAGACUUUCAAAAUUGCGAAAUGCCAAGAUUCAAGAAAGCUCCUCGCUCAAUCCCGUUGCAAAUAUACCUGUAAAAUCAAAAGUGAAAGAAGUACCGAAAAAUUCGAUUGCGAAACCGAAGAGUCUCAGCUUCGAAGAAUUCCUUUUGACAUAUAACGUACAAGAACUCUCCGAAAACUUCGCAGAAAAAGACUGUGAUCUUGAAAUCACCAAAGUUAUUUUGAAAAGAGAUCAUGAACAAACGUGUGAAACUUUAAGAUUGAAGCGCAAACAUGACGAGGUUUUCUCAGUCUACUACCCUGAUACUAACAACGCGGCAGUAAAGAAACAAGCCGUUGCCAACUUUCAGAAGCAAAGCCCGGAUGAAGUCAUUCUAGAAGCUCAAAAGAAAGCUUUUGAAGAAGUAGAGAAAGCCUCAAAGGGCGUUGAAAAGAUUACUCUCGACAACUCUCAGCCAGGUAACAAAGAUGGCGAACAAACGGAGGAAACUCCUGAUGAUGAUGACAAACCUUUCGUUAAAGAGCCCGUCAUUCGUACACACAACAGGGCAACAGUUCCAACAAUGCCCAAGAAACCUGUUGACCUUCACGCUUUUCUAUCCCAAAAAAAGCCACACCUCAGCUUUGUUGUCUUGGGUCAUGUCGAUGCAGGCAAAUCCACCCUCAUGGGUCGUUUACUUUACGAUGUGGGUGCUGUUGACAACAAGUUAAUCAGGAAGCUGAAAAGAGAAAGUGAACUGAUUGGAAAAUCGUCUUUCCAUCUGGCUUGGGUCAUGGAUCAAACUACUGAGGAAAGAAAUCGCGGUGUCACUGUUGAUAUUUGCACAAGCGAUUUUGAAACUAAAAAUGCAACCUUUACUAUUGUGGAUGCACCUGGUCACAGAGAUUUUGUUCCUAAUGCCAUUGCUGGGGUUAGCCAAGUUGAUGUUGCCGUUUUGUCCAUCGAUUGUAGUACCGAUGCUUUCGAAUCUGGCUUCAACUUGGAUGGUCAAACGAAAGAACACACUUUACUUGCCAGAAGUCUCGGUGUUCGUCAUAUUGUUGUAGCUAUGAAUAAGAUGGACAGCGUUGAUUGGUACGAAGGUAGAUUUAUGGAUAUCAAAUCAGAGCUGCUUACAUUCUUAUUGGACGUUGGAAUAAAGGAAGACCAGGUGAGCUGGGUGCCGUGCAGUGGCUUGUCAGGGGAAGGGGUAUAUGAGAAAGAGUAUCCUAUAGGUCAAACCUGGUACAAAGGACCCUCGUUGGUCAAGUGUCUGGAGCAAGUCACAGAGAGUUUGCACACAAAGGGCUACAAAGAAAUCACUGAGGCGCCUUUUGUUUUUUCGACAUUAGAUGUUGUCCAAGGCAAUAAGAAUAAUGAAGUUAUCCUGUCUGGUAAAGUUGAAUCAGGCUGCAUUCAAGGUGGGGAGACAAUAACCAUUUUCCCUUCAGAGCAGAGCGUACUGGUAGAUCAAAUAUUGGUGGGUAACAAUCAAACUCCCGUCGCGGCAGCUGUUGAAGGUGACUUUGUAAGUCUCAAGUUGCGGAAUGCAUUUUAUGAAGACAUUCAAAGUGGUGAUCUCGCUGCUAUUGUUGGCUACGACAUUGGAAGUGCUCAAGAGUUCUCUGCCCAAAUCCUAACAUUUAAGUUGGAUAGACCUUUGCUUCCAGGAACGUCCUUUAUGUUCUUCAGAGGAAGUUGUGAACAGCCAGCAAGAAUAAAAAAACUCAUAUCUGUGAUGGACAAAGGUGAUCCCACCAAAAUCAUAAAGAAAAAGGUCAGACAUCUGGGCUCGAAUUCAGCCGCCCUGGUCGAAAUUGAGCUCGUCGAAAAGAAGAGACGAAUUCCCAUGUUGACAAUCGGACAGAACAAACACCUGGGGAGGAUUGUGCUCAGAAAAGAAGGAAAAACGAUAGCCGGAGGGGUUAUAAAAAGCCUCGAUUUGUAA